AUGGAUUUGUGGAACUGGGAUGAAGCAUCACCACAGGAAGUGCCCCUGGGGAACAGGCUGUCAAGGCUGGAAGGAGCUGAGCUCGGCUUCUAUUUCCCCGAAGUGGCUCUCCAAGGGGACAUGCCGACGGAGGACACCUGCUGGAAAGGUCCCAUUCAGCUGUGGCAGUUCCUCCUGGAGCUGCUCCAAGACACCGCGCGUAGCAGCUGCAUCCGCUGGACUGGCAACAGCCUCGAGUUCCAGCUGUGUGACCCCAAAGAGGUGGCGCGACUGUGGGGCGAGCGCAAGAGGAAGCCUGGAAUGAAUUACGAGAAGCUGAGCCGAGGCCUGCGUUACUAUUAUCGUCGAGACAUCGUGCGCAAGAGCGGUGGGCGCAAGUACACGUACCGCUUCGGGGGCUGCGUGCCGGGCCUAGCUUAUACGGACCCCGCUGGCGUCCAACAGGGGGCCGCAAUCCAAUAA